AAAACCCGGAUUGUUUUCGUGUUUGUUACAGAUAAAGACAUGGAUGUUAGACAUAAUUUUUUAGAAUCUAUAUGCAUUUGGGUUUUUGAUUUUGCAAGUAAUUUUGAAAGGAUAGGUAGAGGAUUGUACUCUUAUUCAUGGUGGACUUAAAAUCCGAAUAGUUUCGUGUAGUGAAUUUGUGGUUGCAUCUUUCUUGAAUACCUCUAUCUUAUUCUUUUCUUAAUUGUGAUGUUAGGUAUUACAGUUUUUAGUACAACACUUGUGAUAGGAUCACCAAGCUUUUUCUUCUUGCCUCUUUAGCGUAUUUUUGGUUAUUUUUGGUUAUAGAUUAUAGAGGAAAUAAAUUUAAAUUAGUGUUUUGAACUUUAUGUUUCAUAUUGAUUUUAUUUUUAAGAAUUUAAAUGUAUCUCAACUCUCAAAUGAGUCUAGUUACAAUAUGUUUUACUUAGGUGAUGCUUAGUUUUCCCAUACCGGCAAAUUGAGCAUUAAAGUGAAUACCUGCUAGAAUGAUUGUGGUACUAUCAUGUACAGAGAUAAAAAGAGAUCAUGCCAUACAAGUUCAUUCCUAGUUAUAGUCAUCACAUUUCUGAAAUUAUAAGCCAUAUAAAAAAGGUCAAGAUAUUCCUUCUGAUUCUUUGGCCCUGUUGUUCAAACUUGUGGAUUGCUGGCUUCGAAGAUUCUUGCCCAGUUAAUUAUAAUGGGCUCUGGUAUAUUGGCUCGGGCUUUUGUUCAGGCAUACCGUCAAGCACUUGCAAAUGCUGCCAGAUCUGGUAUUACCCAGGAGACACUACAAAAUGCAGCCCGUAGUGUCCGCAAAGUCAUGACGGAGCAAGAGGCCAGGCAGAUUCUUAGUGUAAGUAAGGAAAGUACUUGGGAGGACAUAAUAAAGAAGUAUGAUGUUUUAUUUGAGAACAAUGCCAAGAAAGGGAGCUUCUAUCUUCAGUCAAAGGUUUAUAGGGCUAAAGAGUGCUUAGAGCGUGUCUAUGGAGUCAAAGGAGAGGGCAAUCCUCCUAGUUGAUAAUUCAUCAAGGUUAGCUCAGUUCACAUAGAGACACCUGUUUGUGAACCAAUUAUCGUCUGGUGAAUGGCGUCAAACAUUUAAAUAAUAUGCAUCAGCUGUCCUGCUUUUCCCCUUUCCUGGGUUCAAACGCUUAUUGAAAUUUUGUGUCAUCAAUGUUAAACGUUAAUGGUUGCAAAUAAGUAUGGUUUCUUACACCAUCUAUUUCGG